AUGUUUGCUACUACUUUGAAGUCCGCUAGAAUUGCCAACUUGGCUCCAGUUCAACGUCUAUUCUCUUCUUCUGCUUAUCUUUUGCGUACCAAGGUAUUCUUUGAUACCUCGAUCAACGGUAACAAGAUGGACAGAAUUGAAUUUGAAUUGUACGAUGACAUUGUCCCAAAGACCGCUGAAAACUUCAGGGCUCUAUGUACUGGUGAAAAGGGCUUCGGUUACAAGGGUGUUCCAUUCCACAGAAUCAUUCCUAACUUCAUGUUGCAAGGUGGUGACACUGAUUUAACUAACGGCUACGGUGGUAAAUCCAUCUACGGUAACAAAUUCGCCGACGAAAACUUCCAAGAGAAGCACACUAAGCCAGGUUUGUUGUCUAUGGCCAACGCUGGUCCAAACACCAAUGGCUCCCAAUUUUUCAUCACCACAGUCCCAUGCCCAUGGUUGGAUGGUAAACACGUUGUCUUCGGUGAAGUUACUGACGGCUUAAGCACUGUCAAGACCAUUGAAUCCUUCGGUACCGUUUCCGGUAGACCAAGAGCUAAGAUUGUCAUCGAAGAAUGUGGUGAAUUGAAGGAUUAA